AAACGCUGUCGCGGCUCGGUCUGUCCUCAAGAUGGCCGCUGCGUGGUUGCCAUGGCAGUCUCGGUUCGCCGCCGCUGCACGAGAUAAAUCAUUAGCUGCUGCGACAACGUAAACAGGAAGACGCAGUCGGCCGGACAUGUCAUCGAGCGAAUAUUCAGAAGGCGACAGCCUAAGUCGCAGUGACGAGUCCCUGUCGGCAGAAGACGAUGGUGAGGAUAUCAUGUACCAGCUGUCCGUGUUCUGGCCCUACCCAAAGGGUCCUGACGCUUCGCUGAGAAAGGGUCCCAGCCUCGCAAACCUCUCAAAACGGACUGUGCUCUGCAAGGGCCCGAACCCACAGAACCGGCGCGGACCAGAUCCUUCACUGCACAAUGGGCCAGAUCCCAAGAACCACAGCGGCAUCAAGUGGCGCGCUGACUGCGCCGGCUGGAAGGGCCCCAAGGCAGACGCCAUGCUUUUGCUGGCAAAGCCCAAGAGGCGCCGCAGGAGGGGUGCCAAACACGUGGCCACGCCUUCCGCCGCGGGAGAGCGCACCGACGAGGACGAGUCCGACAGUGGCCGCGCCAACUGCACACCGCCUGUCAGAGUGCACCGCAAGGAGUCUGAGGUGUGACUCACGCCUCAGCCGAAUGAUUAUUGCUGCCAUCUCUGCUGCUGCUGCCUGCACGCUGCUUCACCUUCACUGAUGCCACACCAGGAGCAUGCUAAGAGUUACGCCUGGCACAGUAGGAAAUACAGAGAACAAUAAGGCGACAACAGCACCCUAAUCUGGCACCCGAGCAACGGUGCCAUUUGUACGUGAGAAUCAUUCGCAAGAAUGGGCACCGACCAAUCAUGAUGGCGAACGAGAUGGCAUACCGACGGUGGCGGCCAAUUAAACAUCCCUUGUUACCGAAAACAGCUGGCAACCCGAGUGACCUAGGUCCGCAAUAAAAAGAAAUAUAUGUUAGAAGAAUGUACUGAAAAGCCGUUUGUAAGAACGGGUGUGAAAAGCUUUGUAAUUAUGGUACCUGAAGAGAGACUCGCAAGUCUUGCAUCCAAAGUGUGCAGUGUGCUGGGGUUAUUUGACACUUGCCGCAAGUUUCUCUCUCUCUCUCUUUCAUUCAUAAAUACUGUGUCAUUAGCGCAAAUGGCCAGUACCCAUUAGUUAAUUCCUACAAGCUGUUAGAUAACAGCACUUAGUCCUAAGUACUCAAUUUGUUCGACUGACAGAUCAGUCGGAGCUCGACUCGGCCACAAUCGGGACUUCAACUACUUUUGAUUACUGCCAUAAGGUAGCGCAUGUUGAAGGUCAGAGGAGAAUGUUAAGUUGACACUACCUAAAAAUAAGGAGAGGAUUCAUGCACAAGCCUGGCUUGCACUGUUAAUGUUGAGCCAGGGACUGCCAGUAAACGUCACAAAAUGUUUUGCUUCACAACCAGAAAUUGUAAUUUUGCUGCCCUGCACUCCAAAAACUUUAGUGUACAGUUGCACAAAUUAUCUUAAAAAAGGAGUAAAAGAACUAUAGAGAAGGUACUGUCGGACACAUGAUGUUAUCUCUAUAGAGGCAUUCACUAAAAUGCAAGAAAAAUUUUUAGCUUCUGGUCAUUUCAGAAUGUCAUAUGGAUAUGGUAAGAGGCCAUGACAGAGUAUGUUGGCGGUCCAUUCGUAGUAUGCAAGAGCAGUACUGCAAUGGCUGUAUUGGCUUUGUGGGCUUUCCUUUAACGGGGUACCCUGCGCCUGAAAACUUUUAAUUCUUUGUCGAUUUCGAUGAAACUUGCCGAGUUUAUGAAUUCUAAUGUGCUAGUUUUGAAUAUACAUCCAGUUUUCUUGCAGAGUAAAUAACUUUCCAGAAAUUGGAAGAAAUUCAGCUUAAUUGUUUGGAGGUUAGCUAUCUACCAAAAUAUGCAUGGCAUAAUAAAUAUCGACAUACGAAAAUGAUGUGGAACUAACAAAGAGUGCAAAUAAGCAAGUAUGGUGUUCUAACCCAAUUUUAUGUCAAAUGAGAACAUUGCAAACUUCACUGAGAUAAAUCCAUCUAACUGCUAAAAAAAUGAGCUUUUAAAAACUUUAAAUGCAACAACGUUAUUUCGUUUCUUUGCACUCUACAUAGCUUUGCCUGUCUGGAAAAAAAGGAAUUACAGGGAUAGCACAAGUAGAAGCACAGAUAAUGCACCUCCAAUACCGCAUCAUCAUCAAACUUGUGGUUUUGAGAAAACAACAAAAACAUUUCUCAACUGAUAUAUUGAAAGAAAGUUUGAAAAAAACUGCACCAAAGGCCAUCAGUGGGCACUAGUAGGCGCCUAUUCAUGGUUGUUUGGCCUUUACCGGUCGACGACAUACCAUGCACUGCGAGUACGUUCAAUUCAAAAGGUUUACACGUUUCCGGGCUCUCAAUUCACCGCGAGCUCCGUCCAGACGGAACUUCAGCGCAGAUCUGGCAAACCACAGCCAGUUUAGUAGCGAGACCGUAUACCUGAUCGCUCCGCACCAGCUACGCAGAACCACCUCAAGUAUUACCUGAGAAAACACCGAGAAUAUUGUUCAUUGCUGCAAAUCCGACAACGUAUGGAGUAGCGGGCUUCGCGACCGAGGCUGUUGCACUAUCGGCGGUCGGAUCAACAAAACGCCGACUCUUUCGCUCCGCGGCUGUCGUAGAUGCAAUCUUGUCGAGCGUAGUUUUCUCGUGUGAUCUUAUCUUAUCCACUUCCUCUUCAGUUACGACAGCCGUAUUCAAUUCUUACGCGAGUGUAACCGGCGUGUGGAUAUGCGUGAUGCGGCAAAGCAGUGAGGCGUCGACGUUCGGCGGCGAGCUGCCAGGUAUUCCGUGCUGACCUCGACGACGGAAUCGCUUUCGGAAGUAUAUUGCGUCUUGUACUACGUUUCCGCCCGUAACGAUUCACGGAACGAAGCUUUGUCGGACCUCCAGCAUACCCAGCGUCGCAGUCGCGAGAAUAAGACAAAAUGGCGGCUGUUUUGUCGUUUGAGCGAGCGCUCGUGGUCCUUCGAGCCAAUCAUGACUCGCCAUCUUGAUCACAUGCUCAAACUGACCGAUAAUUCCUCCAUGCCGAUAAUAGCGUGCACCGGCGUGCACCGCGAUUUUUUUUCUGUUGUUUUUAUUGUGAUCGCAGCGCCGGCAAUGUUGCCUAUCAACGAAUAAAGAAAGCCAGAAACGUGAGCUUUCGAAUGACACCAAAACGGCGCUGAUAGAAAGCGCAGUCAUCGAGUUAUGCGCGACGAAAAUCGGGCGCGAUUUGUCCCCAAUUUAAAGGGCAACGCUUGCGAAUUCGCGCCUUUGAAUCACAAUAACGCGGCAUUUUGUAACCAAAUUUCGGAGAUAGGCGCGGAAACGCGUAAGGAACGCGGAAAAUAAAAAUUGAAAAUUCGAAUUUUGGGCCGAUUUUCGGUCCCUAAGACCCGAGUCCACCCUUAACUGAAGAAAAAAAAAUCACCAAUAAUUACGGUACUUACUAAUGUGAACUUCAAGCACAGCUGUUUAUGUGCUUUGAAUUCGCGAUAUAUAGUGGCAAAGAAAUUGAUUCUGAAUGACAAGGUCCUCUAAGUGGCGGCGCGGCAAAGAGUUUGAUUCUGAAUGACAAGGUCCUGAGAGGACCUUGUCAUUCAGAAUCAAAUUCUUUGCCACUAUAUAUCGCGAAUUCAAAGCACAUAAACAGCUGUGCUUGAAAUUCACAUUAGUAAGUACCGUAAUCAUUGGUGAGCCUCUGCUCUGGCAGCUCGUUCAGUAGCAGCGAGAUGAAGCAUUUCCACCCGUUGCGUCACUCAUUGUUAAGAAAGAAAGUGUGAACACGGGAAUGCGUCGCACGUGGAGCGCAUUCUCUGGCAGUGGCGGCAAAGGCAAAGUAACGCUUGCGCAGUGGGUCCGAAGCCCACGCCAGCGCUGUUUCCAUAUAUGGUAUCUGUGGACGCGCUUGCCGCAUGCCUGGUCGCCGCUGUAGAGCACAUCUUGUGCGGCACUCCGCUUUCCUCCUCACGCUUUCACCAUACUCUCCUCCUCUGCCUUCCUCCUCAAGCUCUCUUUGCUAUUGCCGUCUUUCAUCCCCCGCUGCGCUCCGCGUUCUCUUUCAUCCUUCGCUGUGCUCGUUCGCUCGGUUACGCUGCGGGGCGCUCACGCUCAACGCAGGAAUGGGCACCUAAGAGCUGCGCUCUAAAAAGCACUAUGCAAAAUAUAGCAUGCUGUAAACAAACCAAACUGAGGUUUUGAAAUGUGCAGUAAGGGAUUGUUCACAUAGUGGUCAUAAAUUUAAUUAAAAUGUUAAUUAGUCAUUACUGCUGGCAGCUUUUUUUAGAUGGCUGAUAACAAUACAAAGUUUGUUUCACCCUUAUACAGGGCUUGUCAAGGUGUUCAUUGACAGAGCACGCAAGGAGCGAGAGGUUGAACUCAGUGCAGCAGUCAGGACCAACCCCGUGCUUAAAGCGCUGGUGAUGCAUCUGACUGACCAGCACUUCUUCAUUACAGCCUUUCUUUUUUCUUAACUUUAUGCAUGUUUAGCUAGGCCACUCAACAUAAUUGCAGCCAUAAGUGCAUAACUAAGAUGUGAAGGCACCUAAGAGAGAGAGAGAGAGAUACACAGUCAAGCAAUUAUCUGCAGCUGUGAGUAAUUUCAGUUAAGCUUGCACCAUUAGAAGGCAGUUCCAUAUACCACUGCCUUAAGGUGAUUGAAGCAUUAGUGAGACAGAUUAAUUUUUAGUUUUGUACUACACAUGUGUUUGUCAUAAACGAUGCUAUCUGGUGCAAGUUCCAGGAAUUCUGUAUGUAUACUAUAAAGUUAUCACUUUCACAGGG